GAUCAUUAUUGACUUGACAGGUCUCUGUGUUCAAACCGGUACUUUCAACUUUCCAGCAAACCUAAUUAAAUUCCAAACUGGUGAAUAGUUUUUUUGAUCCAGAGUUCUGUUCAAAUCUUAUUUAUGCAAACGAAUUCAAGAAAUAUGAAAGAAAUAUAAGUUGUCCCUAAGGAUUUCAGGGAAACAAUUUGAUACAAAUGAAAGAAAGUAUGAUUUUGUUGAUGAAAGUUUUGAAUUAUUAUAAUGGCUAAAAAAAUAUCUCCUACAGACAGCGGAAGGAAGUUAUGGUAUACCUUUGGUCUUGUUAUUGUAUUGACUAUUGCAACACGCUUCCACAAAAUAACUGAACCUGAUCAUGUUUGUUGGGAUGAAACUCAUUUUGGAAAAAUGGGAAGUUGGUAUAUCAAUCGUACAUUCUUUUUCGAUGUUCAUCCCCCUCUUGGGAAGAUGCUCAUUGGUCUAUCAGGCUAUUUAACUGGAUACGAUGGUAAAUUUGCAUUUGAUAAACCUGGAGAUAAAUAUGAAAACACAAGUUAUGUUGGUAUGCGUAUUUUUUGUGCAUCUUUAGGAGCGUCAGUUGUCCCUAUGGCCUUCUUAACAGUACAUGAAAUGACAAAUUCGUUGACUUCUGCACUUUUUUCUUCCUUGUUAGUUAUUUUUGAUGUCGGCUUGAUCACACUUUCUCAGUAUAUAUUACUUGAUCCAAUUCUUCUUUGCUUCAUGGUGGGUUCACUUCUUGGUGCUGUAAAAGUUACUUCAAACAAAAUUCAGGAAUUUUCUGUAAAGUGGUGGUGUUGGUUAUUUUUCACAGGAACAAUGUUAUCCUGUUGUAUGGCUGUGAAAUUUGUUGGUCUUUUUGUUGUGAUUCUCAUUGGAUUAAUGACUAUAGUUGAUCUAUGGAACAUAUUAGGAGAUCUUUCAAGGCCUGUCAUGGAUACUGCAAAACAUUUCAUUGCACGAGCUAUUUUCCUCAUUAUUUGGCCAACUAUGCUGUAUGCCUUAUAUUUUUAUAUUCAUCUGAAGGUUCUCAAUCACAGUGGGAGCGGCGAUGGUUUCUACAGUUCGGCAUUUCAAUCGCAGCUCAUAGAAAAUAGUUUGCAUAAUGCAAGCAUGCCUAGACAUGUUGCCUAUGGUGCAGUUAUCACCUUGAAAAAUCAUAAAACAGGUGGUGGAUAUCUUCAUUCCCAUUAUCAUUUAUACCCAGAAGGAGUGGGAGCAAGACAGCAACAGAUAACCACUUAUACUCAUAAAGAUGAUAACAAUAAAUGGAUUAUAAAGAAGUAUAACUCUGAGAUCAAGGAUAUUGAAAUAAUUCGAAGUGGUGACUUGGUACGAUUGGAACACUCGGCAACUAAACGAAAUCUCCACUCUCAUAAAGAACAAGCACCUAUAACUAAAAAGCAUUAUCAAGUCACCGGGUAUGGAGAAAAUGGUACAGGUGAUGUGAAUGACGUUUGGAGAGUCACUAUUCUCAAUGGAGUAGAAGGUGAAAAGCUCAAAACUGUUACCAGCAGGAUUAAAUUUGUUCAUUAUUUACAAUCCUGUAUUCUCACAACUAGCGGCAAACAGCUGCCAAAAUGGGGUUAUGAACAGCAAGAAGUAUCUUGCAAUCCUAAUUUGAGAGAUUCGAAUGGAGUGUGGAACGUUGAAGAAAACUUUUUUCCCAAACUGGAGAAUGUUAGUUUUGAAGUAUAUGCUCCAAGUUUUUUGGAAAGAUUUUUGGAAUCCCAUGCCGUAAUGUUACAAGGUAAUUCAGGGUUGAAACCAAAAGAAGGAGAAAUAACCUCGAGGCCAUGGCAAUGGCCUAUUAAUUAUAGGGGACAAUUUUUUUCUGGUUCUACUUAUAGAAUUUACUUGUUAGGGAAUCCUGUUAUAUGGUGGAGUAAUCUCAUAUUUCUCCUCAUUUUUGUCAUGAUAUUCAUAGCUAAUGCCAUUAAAACUCAAAGGGGAUAUAUUGAACAGUUCAAAGAGGAGCAUAGUUUGAAGUUGAAAGCAUGUACUUGGCUUUUUAUUGGAUGGUUGUUGCAUUAUGUACCAUUUUGGGCAAUGGGAAGAGUACUUUAUUUUCAUCAUUAUUUUCCAGCAAUAAUAUUCAGUUCUCUUAUAUCAGGCAUCAUCAUAGAUUAUUUUCUAGAAGACAUUCCAAAACUGUUUCCUGCAACAGUAGCCAAUACAGUCUAUCAUACAGUCCUAGGUGUCAUUUUGUCUUCUAUUCUAUACAGUUUUUAUUUGUUUUCUCCUCUCGCCUAUGGAAUGAAUGGACCAACAUCAAGUGAAAGUAAUUCGACAAUGUUUGGACUCAAAUGGAUGGACAGCUGGGAAUUUUGAAUAAUAUUCAGACUGAUAAUUCUUUUUUAUUCAAGUAUAUAGUUUAUUUAUUUGUUGAAAUUAGGAUUAAUUCUAAAAUCAUUUAUAAAGAAGAUAGAAAUAUGACCAGGUUGAUAUUUUAUAUGUAAUUGUUGAUUUCAUGAAAACAUGAGUAACAAAAAUCUUAUUUUUAUACUUAUUUUGAUUAUAUAAUUAAAUAAAAAUCAGUUCAAAAAUA